AUGAUGCUGAAUUUUCGCGCCGCAGCGUUCGCAACUCCAGUUGCAUUUAGCUUUUCUCGCUCGAGCGCUCUGUUAAGGUCUGCUCGAUUUUUAUGGUCCCAGAUCAAUGCAAUGAAUAGCUUGGUUCUCGGCGGAUUCGGCGAAGGGAAGGGCCCUGUAGAACUUACUCCUUCUGCUGUGAAGAUAGAUAAGACCGUGGAUGGACGCAUUUCCCAACUUUUAUCAACAUUAUUUGACAAAAAAUUUGAGAAAGGUGAUACGAGAUUGCUCUACGGAUUAAGUCCAGAAUAUCCAGCGAUAGCUCUUGCGCAUUUGGGACCGAAAAAUGCUGGCUAUUGCCGUCGCGAACACGUGGACGCCAAGAAGGAAAACAUUCGUUCCGCUAUUGCCUCUGCCUGUCGUGCACUCGAAGGUAUUCAUGUGACUUCCAUAAACGUGGAUACUUGUGGUGAUGCAGAAAGCGCUGCUGAAGGAGCGGUUCUCGGUUUGUGGAGUUUCGAUGACCUCAGGGCAGAGAAAAAGGCCAAGUUGGAUGUAUCUCGACUCAAUAUGAGUGAUGAUGCGGACGAUUGGCAGAGGGGUUUUCUGAAAGCUAAAGCACAAAAUGUGGCUCGCUGGUUGAUGGAAAUGCCUUCCAACUACAUGACGCCACUUAUCUUCGCGCGAGAGGCUGAGAAACUGUUGAAACCACUCGGGGUGGAAGUAUUGGCUCACGAUCAAAAGUGGAUUGAGAAGGAGAAAAUGGGCGCUAUGAUCGGGGUGGCAAAGGGUUCCGACGAACCCCCUGUCUUUCUGGAACUCACUUGGAAGGGUGCCGAAUCCCCAAACCCAGCUGUAGCUUUUGUUGGAAAGGGCGUUUGCUUCGACUCUGGCGGUAUCUCGUUGAAGGUUCCUUCUUCAAUCAUGGACGAUAUGCGAGCUGAUAUGGGUGGUGGUGCUGUCGUCGUGGGUGUCAUGUAUGCUCUGGCUGCCUUGAAAGUGCCCAGCUAUGUCAAGGCCUUCAUUCCUCUCGUUGAAAACAUGCCAAGUGGGAAGGCCCAGAAGGUUAUGGACGUAGUUGUAUCGCGAAGUGGAAAGUCCAUUCAGGUCUUGAACACCGAUGCGGAAGGCCGAUUGAUCCUGAGUGAUGCCUUGGAUUACGCUUGCGAUUUCAAGCCGAAAUAUCUGAUUGACGUAGCUACUUUGACUGGUGCUAUGAUGGUUGCUCUGGGAUCUGCGACUACUGGAGUGUUCUGCAAUUCGGAUGCUAUGUUUGACACGAUGUUCAAGGCUGGUGGGAUCACUGGGGAUCGAGUGUGGCGCAUGCCACUUUACAAGAAGUAUAAAGAUGACGUAUCAGAUCCAGACCAGAUUGCUGAUUUAUGCAACAUCGGAAAGCAUGACCGUGUCGGUGGGAGUUGCAAAGCUGCCGCAUUUCUACAUGAGUUCGUAAAGUGCAAUGAUUGGAUGCACAUGGAUAUUGCUGGAACCAUGGGAAAUGAGGACGAAGUCAUCUACAUGCGAAAGGGAAUGUCUGGUCGUCCCGUGAGAACUUUGGUCGAGUUCACGAAGAGCAUCGCUGGGUUGAUGAUGAAGUUUUUAAGCGGAGUCGUUCCGAAGAGGUACUACUGUGUUGGGAACCGACUCAAGAUCGGCUCAGAAACGUAUGUGCGAGACGAGUGGACCAACGUCACCCCGCACAUCGCAUCUUUGAUCGGCAGAGACUUGCACAGAACUCAAUUUCAUCCCAUCUGCCUUCUCAAGCAACGCAUCUUCAACUUUUUCUAUUCCCGGUUUCGGAAUGCCCGCGGGAAUCCCGUAUUCUCGGUACACGAUUCAAUGUUCCCGGUUGUGAGCGCGGAGGAGAACUUCGACUCUCUUCUGAUCCCCUCUGAUCAUCCGAGCCGAACAAAGACGGAUAAUUAUUACGUCCAACGAGGGAAAUUGUUACGUAGCCACACUUCUGCGCAUCAGCUCGAAUUGCUCCGAAUGGGUUGUGACGACUUUCUCGUGGCAGGAGACGUUUACCGUAGAGACGCAGUGGAUGCCACGCAUUAUCCAGUGUUUCAUCAAAUCGAAGGUGUUCGGACUUUUCCUGCGGCCUUCGUCGCCAAUAAAGUGAGGUGUUCCCCGUUCUGGGAUGGGGAACGAACCAAGAAUGCGCAGGAGUGUCAUUCGGAACCAGGGGCCGCGUUCAUUGAGUCGGAUUUGAAGAAGUGUUUGGGUGCUCUGUGUGACGAUAUCUUGGGGAAGAAUGUGGAACGGCGAUGGGUCGAAGCGUAUUUCCCGUUUACUCAUCCUUCUUGGGAGCUGGAGGUGCGCUGGCCGGAAAGCGAUAAGUGGGUGGAAAUGCUGGGAUGCGGAGUCAUGGAACAGCAAAUUCUGCAGAACGCUGGAUUAGCAAGAGAUAGAAUGGGCUGGGCAUUCGGGAUCGGAUUAGAACGCUGGGCCAUGCGAUUGUACUCAAUCCCUGAUAUCCGACUAUUCUGGACAUCCGACACCGGCUUUCUGAGUCAAUUUCAAGGAAAGAAUCCCGAAGAUCUUGUGAAGUACAAGCCCGUAAGCGUGUAUCCACAAUGCACUAACAAUAUCAGCUUCUGGUUGCCGGAUGAAGCCGAAGCUCCUGUACUAGAAGCGAACGACUUUUUUGAUAUGGUGCGGUCGAUGGGAGGCGAUGUUGUGGAGCAAGUGGAGUUAGUGGACGAGUUCUUCCAUCCGAAGAAGAAGACCCGAAGUCAAACUUACUCCAUUGUGUAUCGGAGUAUGACACGAACCCUCACCCAAGCCGAAGUCAACCAGAUCCAUAAAAAAAUUGAAGACGCCGCUGCCGAAAGAUUUAGAGUGUUGCCACCAUGCGUUCAGAAUUCGGAUGAACGCCACCAAAGCGGAAUCGUCGUUGAUUCGUUGAAACCCGUCAGCUUCAGAAGUCCGAUUUCAAACCGUGUUUCAGAUCAAAGCAUUCCUUAUUCCUUCGAUUUUAUUGAUGGAGCGGCUGUGUCGAAAGAGAUCUUUGCAAAGCUUUUUACUGCUUUAGAAGAAGACUCCUUCGAUUAUAAUGUCCUCGAAGCGAUUCGUGUGGCAGAGAGGCUCGUUGGAAAGCAUUACGAAGCAUGUUUCGGCCAAGCAGACGACGAAACCGUCAUCUUAUCGCUAGAUGUGGUCAAACGUAUUGAGGAGUUGAUAAUAGUGAGAUUGCACGGGGAAAGUGAAGCCUGCCGUACAAAUGCUUUCAAGUUUCUUCAGACGGUCAUUCUAGCUGCGAGCACACCCACUAGAUUUCGGAUACCGCCUUCAGAUGAUGUGGCUGUCGUCGAAGACGGACACAGGCGGACACCGCAUGUGUCCGUUGAUGUUCUGCAUGAAAGAGCAAGUGAACUUCUCCUCGUAUUAAUCGAGUUUCUUCAAUGGGACAAACUAUCCCCAUCGGACGCGGAAGAUGUCGUGGAAAUCAUAGCAUGUAUCGGCCGUGUGCGGCCGUUAUUCCUUCCUGUUGUCCUCAAAGCGAUGCAACAAAUUUCAAAGAAUAUGCCUUCGACUUGGAGUGAAGAAGAAAUCUCAACCAUCAGAGCGAGCGUGAAAACUUUAGCUAUGUUGUUGCUGAAGUUGCCGGCGGCGUUCCACAAUCUUCCAGAGUUCAAAGCUCUUUUGAAUGACCUAGGAGCUUCAAAUCAUGAAAUGCGUCUCGUGUGGAAAUGUUUCUUGAGACGGAAGUCCACCGGUGGUAACCGCGAAACCCAAGCUAAUUUCAAGCUCCUCCGGUCGAGGAGCUUUCCUAAUCAUCGGACCCCGUGCCUGGAGAGAGACGAGAAGUUGGUGGCACGUUUUGCUGCCAUGAUCGAUUGUGAAAACAGAGAGCUGUGUUUCGAGGAAUGGGUCGAACUGGCGAAUGAAAUGCGCCGUACGAAGUGGGGCACUGUAACGGUGUCAUGCUCAACCAGAUUUCCGCCGGCACUUCAAAUCUCUGAAGUACCAUCUCCCGAGCCCUCUCCAAUCCUGCCGAAUGAUGAAGACGAAGCAAACAUUCGAACAUUUACGUCGAAAAUGAAGCUGCUUACAGAAGGCGAUGUACUCGUUUGUCGUGUGGCGCACAAGCGUAAGCUUCUUCACAAACUCUUGCAUACGAGACUGCCACAUCGUUGGGAACGACACAGACUAUGUUUAGACGAGGCUGCCGUGGUUUCCAAAACGCCAGUCGGAUUUUUAGCCACCCCGGUGAGGUACUCGAUCAUUGAAGACGUUUCCAUUGUGUCUCCACCAGCAAGCAGCACCCGGAAAUACGUGAUCCGUAUUGCGCUUUCCGAAGGCUCUCUUUUCAUCAAAACGUCAAGUAUUUAUCUUCGUGACCAAUGGUUGCAAUCAAUCUCUUCCCGCCGAUGCAUGUUCAAGUACCAGCAGAUAUUUCGCUGUGCCACUCGUCCAGAAAUUAAGUGUCGGGAAGUACGGAAUAUGGUUCGGCACGCCUUGUCUGCCCCUGUGCAAGACCCAGGAACUGUGUGUUGUGUCAUAAACGGAUUAACGCCCACUUGGCUCCCACCUCCUGUUGAAGAUGACAUACUUAUCCUGAUCGGGCCGCUGCUUGAAUCCACGAGACCGUCUAAAACCUUGUGCUGUUAUUUCUCCGACUAUUGCCAUCGAAACCCGCGCUCAGUUUUGAUCCCACGGCUUCUUUCAACUGUAGUGGAAUGGAUUCUGAAGCGGAGUGCAGAUUUUGGAAAGCAUCCGUAUAUGCGUAAGCUAGCGCAUGAUUACAUGGGAGCAUUGCUGUGCCAGAACAAUGGACAGGAAGCAGUGGAAGACUUCUUGUCUCGGCUUCACGGACCUUCCAGUGUGUGUCCCCACCCGAGAAUCAUGCCGAAUCUUGUGGCUGUUGCAUUGGCAGCUUUGCAUGCAGCUUUUGCUCGCGAGAAACGGACGGAGUCUGACACUGUCGCGCCUGUUGGCUCCCGGGCGGGAUGGGAUAACUUCAAUGUCAGUCUGAAUAUUCUCAACGUUGUCGCCAAUUUCGCGGAUUGGCGUCCUGGCCUUGCGCAGAUUCUGCAUCCAGUGCCUUUUUCUGAAGCCGCCGUCUCCUCCACAGAGUUUCUGAAACGAUUCGGUGAAAUUGUGAUAAAGCUUGUGAAUGAUCCGAGGUGUGAUACCCAUCAAGCGGUUCUGGCGAUCCGUGACGAGCGUGAGGGAUGGUUUGACAUUUUCUGUCCUGCUCGGUACGACACUGACUAUGAUGAAAUCUCUCGAGUGUGGGUCCAUAUGUUGUCUGUGCUUUUGGAAUGCUGUUGUCGGAGAAAGAAAUUUGUUGGAAGAAUGGUCAAGAACGUCGGCACUCUGGAGCUGCUUGCGAUUAGGGACUGUCCUGUUGCGCAAGAAGUGCUGUGUUUCAUGCUCGAGUACGAUAUGAUACUCGAGGAAGAAGCACAGAUGCAGAUUGCGACAACUCUGGAAAGCAUUGCUAGUGGAAGAGACGCAUAUGCGAGGUUGCUUGAACGGAAAUCGCACCUUGAGAAGCUACGAAUGAAAGGGGGGCCGAGAAAAUUAACCCUGCCGACGCGAAGUACGGACGAAGACGUCGCCCGACUAGUGGAAAGCGGCAGUUUCGGCAACUUGGAAUGUCUCAGUUUGGCCUUCACAAAAGUUACGUCUGCGUGUGCGAAACACUUGAUUAUAUUGUCUUCUUUGAAAUAUCUAAAUCUUUGGGCGACUAGUUUUGGUGAUGAAGGAUUGGAGUUGAUUUGUGAGCACUUGACGCAAUUGCAGGUAUUGAAUAUGUGCGAAACCCCGGUGACUGACAAAGGCUUGCAGUGUUUGACGAGUUUGAAAGGGUUGAGGAGGUUGAAUCUGAACAGCACUUGGCUAUCCGUGACUACAUUUGAAAUGUUGAAAGCUUGUCUUCCUGAGCUUGAAGAGAUCGAUGUCCGCUACACGGAUGCCUGGGGCUGACAAGUUUUUUUUUUUUAAUUACUGUACUUCAAAAUUAUUAACUUUGUCAUUUUCGUAACGCUAAACAGAUAUUUAUUCCUUAUGUGCACGUAUAUCUGCCAGAUAUGAACGCUUUUGUUUUAAUGACAGCGUUUCUCCAAGAAUCGAGUCUGCCCCUAAAAGUGCCCUACUCAGGAUCUCUGAAUUUAUUUGGAAGUUUACAAUUCAGAUGGAGUGGAAUCCCCCAGUGAACUGACUAUUGAUUGGAGGUCUUCUUUCAGAUAAUGAGGAAGCAGCCUAAUUUUAAAGUUAAAGCUACGAUAUCUGACGUAACUCAGACGUUCUUAAAAACUCAGAAAGUCACACAUUUUACCGUAUUGUAAAUGUUCAUGCUAACGUCAGUCCUGACAUGUAACGUUCUAGAGGCGGGGUUUUAUAAUUCGUAUUGUAGGAUGAGUUGCAGUAUACAGUAAUUCAAUUUAAUUAGAUACAGUCAAACUGAAAUUUUAUAAGUACUGCAAUCGACCAAUCUCAAAUCAACUCAGUCACCCAACGAUGUUUCUCUUAAGAAAGUUCAAAUGCUUUAUCAAGCUCUCCGUCCUUGAAUUUCCGUCUUCUGUGGAUUGUAGUUCGGUUUGCAUGAUUAAACAUAAGAAAUGUCUUGAAAGUAAACCUCGAAGCAUCUUUAGUGACAAAAUGCAGGGACCUGGUGCUAUUUUCAUGGAAACUUGUUGCAUAUCUGAACAUGUUACUUGCGUAUUUCAGAAUUAUUGAAUUUUCCGAACCUCAUGAAAUAUAAAUUUUUCGAGGAAUCUGAUUCUUAAGUACUGGAUCUGAUCCUAACGUUUAAGCAAAGGUGCGAGUGCCAAGUGGUGAAAAGUCUUUGGUUUUGUAAUGCCCGACUUAUUAGCUUCGCAAUUUUUCAAUAUGUGGCGAAUCAUCACAAGCCGAGAAAGGCGGUUUAUUUUUGGAAAGAUUCGAACCACCAGUUGUGCGUUCCACGUAUGCAAUAAGAAGGUUGUUGAAUUCUAUUCAGUGAGGUGGUCUCAGUUCCUACCGAUUGUUUUGUGCUAUUUAUUCUAUACACCUGAGUGACAGUGUAUCCUGAAAAUAUUUUUACUUGUAAAAACCAAGAAUGUUCGUUGGUCUAAUUUUUUUUAAUGCUGUUGAUGUGUAUGUUUUGAGAACGCAAUACGCAGUGUUUUUUAGUUGGAACCACUGUUUUGCCGAAUUUAGAAAAAUAAUGAAAAAUUGGGUUACUAUUCGUGUGUUAUUCGUAUUCGGCAAAAUUUGAAAGACGACUUUUAGUAUCAGCGGACUGCGUUCGUUCUGAUCCAAGCACAUGACGUAGAAAAAUUAAAAGAAGCAUAAUUUGCGUAUCUUUGGAUUCUUGAUUCGAAGAAUGCCGAUUUUGAGGUCAUGUCCGGCAUGACAAUGCAUUGAAGCGUGUUUGGACUGAAAUUUUAGGGCAGUAGGAAUAUCCGAGUUCGAGUUGUUUUAUGAAUGAAGGAAGUGGAUCUGAUGCGCGCAAGUUGGCCGCCUAUGACUCGUCAGAUUUUUUUUUACUGUUUAUGAGGGAAUUCUUUGCUUUUGCAACUUUUUCGUCCUGGAUGCCUUUUCUUGUGAAGUGCAGUGCAUUUUGAGUAUGGAAGAUAUUGAUCUGUUUCUGGCGUGGUUCCAGUUGCAGAACCCUCGCGAAGAUGCAUAUUGUCAGCGCAUUUGUGAAGGAUGCUCCGUAUGUUCUAUGAACUUGAAGACAUGAAAAUGAAGCACAGGCAAGCGUUUUUGCGAUUCCAAGUGAUA